AUGCCCGCGACAGAAGUCGAAUAUCAUCCAAGACACCAUGUUCCGGCCCGCCAACCGACUGCGAUCAUGCCUCGAGCUCAAGAAGAGCGUCCGCAGAGGCUGGUCAAGCGAUACCGCACAGAGAUCGCCGCUAGCACCUCUAGCAUGUUCUCAACCGUUGUCGCCUUUCCCCUCGAUAGCGUGAAAACGCGAAUGCAAACCUACAGAUAUGAAGGGUUCCUCGACUGCGUGAGGCACACCUACCGCACCGAGAAGCUGAGAGGCUUCUUUCGGGGCGUCUUCGCUCCAAUGGCCAGCGUCACUCUUGUGCGAACCAUUUCCUUUUCGAUCUAUCAACGCGCCAAGUACACGUACUCUGGCUGGAUUAAGCAAACCUGCGGGUUCGACGUUCUGCAACACGUUGGCAAAAAGGGCACUUAUCCAAACCUAUACUCCGUCGCCUGCUUUGGAGCCGCCGGGGCCACUGCUGGCUCUUGUAUCACGCUUCUUGCCUGUCCCUUCGAAUUGACCAAACUUAGCGCCCAGGUGUCUGUUUUACUGUCUGACCAGAAAAAGCUUGCCGAGGCCAAUUGCCAGGCAACCAAUGGUCACCAGGUUGCGGCCAGUUAUCAAAACAAAGGCACCUUCAAAACAAUGUCCAACAUCAUUCGUCAUCGGGGUGCUUUGGGGCUCUACACUGGCUUCAACUUGCACUUGUUACGAGAUACUCUGGGAACUGCCAUUUAUUUCAUGGUGUAUGAGAGCGGCAAGCAGCUCGGAACCACGUUUGGCGGCGAUCAUCCCACUACUAACAAACUGGCGGUUGUCGUUUCAGGAGGACUAUGCGGGAUAGUGUCCUGGGCAAUGAUAUAUCCAAUCGACUCGGCGAAGAGUAUCUACCAACGUAACUCUCUCUUGUACUCAAAGGGACAAACAGUCGAGCCGCCUCCGAAGAUUGAGUUCUUCAAGAAACAGAUGUAUCGCGGCUUGGGAGUUUCCAUGGGACGGUCAUGCGCUGUAAAUGCGCUCUUUUUCUCUGCUUUUGAAUUCAUGAAGAAGCACGUCAAUUCGCUGGAUGACAACUAA